GAGAGAGAAAGAGAGAGAGAGAGAGAGAGAGAGAGUUCAACCGUCUCUAGCGUCGCCCCUCGACGAAACGAGGACAAUUAGAUGGGCAGAAAGUGGGUAGCUGCGGCCAUUUUGAACUUCAGGUGGGGGAAAGACUCGAGCUUUUUGACAUUAGCAGCGCCCGGUUUUUUAAUCUCCGCCAUGCCUCACCACCACCUGCUCAACCCCACCCCCCAUCCCUUCCCGCCAUGGCCGUCGGCGAUAAUGGGUCCGAGCCUCUUCUCCUCCCCAGGGGCGGCGGCCACCCCAGCAGAGCCGCUAAGCUCGCCAAGUCGCUCGCCAGGGGGGCUCUCAAGCUCGCCUUGUGGACCCUCUUCCUCGCCUGGAUCGCCAUGUUCUUCGUCAUCCCCACCGAGUUCGGCACCGACUUUUACACCGACUGGGAGGACGCCACCAGCGGCACUCUCUACGGCACCGAAGGAAGCGCUUUGCUGCUGUACACUGGGCCUAUACUGCUGAUAGCUGUGCUCGCCGUACCUUACCUUCUCCUUUCUGGAGGAGACGACGACGACGUUGUCGCUGAAAAGAAGAAGAGUCCCCGCCUCCGUCUAGGGACAUUCCCGGUGUUGGUGGACGGCGUGUUUGGGGUUGUGACGGCCGCCGAGUUCAUUGGCAUAGCCAUGUUCGUUGUGUUUGUGGCCUGGGCUGUUUAUGGGUACACCGUGGUGAACUUCGAAAUGUUGCCCACUUAUGGUGAUCUAACCCCUCUGGAAAAGAGGGUUCAGAUGUUGCAAAUGUCAGCAUAUAUCUUCGGUUUGACUGCCUUGACGUGCUUGGCAUUUUUAUUUCUCCCAGUUGCCAGGGGAUCAAUUCUUCUUCGCCUAAUUGGCAUCCCUUUUGAGCAUGCUACCAGAUAUCAUGUAUGGUUGGGGAAUCUCACCAUGUUCCUGCUGACUAUGCACGGACUCUGCUACUUUAUUGUUUGGUUUAUUCGAGGCAUCGUAUUAGAAAGUAUAAUAGAGUGGAAAAGUGAUGGCGGUGCAAACUUCGCGGGCAUAAUCUGCUAUUGUUUUGGAUUUACAAUGUGGGUGACCACGCUUCCUCCAAUAAGAAAGAGAUUUUUUGAGCUCUUCUUCUACACUCAUCAACUCUACAUACUCUUUGUGAUCUUCUUCUCUCUGCACGUUGGGGAUACGUAUGUCAGCAAAGCAGCAGGGGGAAUUUUCCUGUUCAUGCUUGACCGGUUUCUAAGAUUCUGCCAGUCUCGACGGAAUGUUGAUGUAAUUUCUGCAACAUCCUUUCCAUGUGGAUCAGUGAGCUUGGUCAUAUCCAAACCCAAAAAUCUACACUACAAUGCCCUUGGUUUCAUCUUCCUGCAAGUGCGAGAGAUAUCUUGGCUCCAAUGGCAUCCUUUUAGCGUUUCAUCGAGUCCUCUUGAUGGCGGCCAUCAUCUUUCGGUCCUGAUAAAGUCCGCUGGGGAAUGGACGGGAAAGCUCAAAAGAAGUGUAUCUGACCUACUGCUUUCUCAAACGCAGCUGUCUGGACCCAAUGCUAGCUUUGUGGCUUCCGUGGAGGGACCUUACGGGCAUGAAUCUCCAUACCACUUGAUGUAUAAAAAGCUUAUUCUGGUAGCAGGAGGCAGUGGGAUAUCCCCAUUCUUGGCAAUUUUGAGUGAUGUUCUUCAUCGCAUUAGGGAUGAUAAACCUUGUCUGCCGAGAGACAUUUUGCUCAUCUGGGCAGUAAAAAGAUCGAGUGAGAUUUCUCUUCUUUCGACCGUCGACAUGGAUUCUAUUUGUCCGUCUUUCUCAGAUAAAGUUAAUGUCGACAUCUGCCUGUAUGUCACUCGAGAAUCAGAACCCUCAUUGGAAGAGGGAAAAAUUGAGAAGGUUGUAUCCUUGAAUACAAGAUCAAGAGGACGAAGCAUGUCAGUUUUGGUUGGUACAGGAAAUAAAAUUUGGUCUGGAGCUUAUGUCAUCGUUUCCAUUCUUGGCUUCCUGAUAAUAUGGGCUUUGUUAAAUGUGUGCUACUUAAACCCAUACGACAUCUCUAAAUGGUGGUAUAGAGGGAUUUUGUUUUUGGGGUGCAUGGUUAUUAGUGUUGUAAUAUUUGGGGGUGGUGUUAUCUUCUUCUGGCAUCGCUCUGAAAAUGUGACUCCAGCUGGGGAGGAAGACAGGGAAGAGAGUGGAAGGAUUGGCUAUAUGCUGGAUCAAGAAACAACCCGAUACAAGCUUCACGAAAAUACUAAUGUAUUCUAUGGUCAAAGACCAGACUUCAAAGAAAUUUUUGGAUCGGUUUCGGAUUCCUGGGGCUGCGUGGAUGUUGGUGUAAUUGUGUGCGGUCCGCAAACUCUUCAAUCAAGUGUUGCAAAAGAAAUCAGGUCACAGGAUUUAAGAAGAAAGGGCAAUAGACCUGUUUUCCACUUUAACAGCCAUAGCUUUGAUCUGUAGCCUUCACCAUGAGAUCAUGUUAGUUUAGAACUAGAUAGUAACAUCAUGGGUAUGGGAGCUUUAUUUACAGGUCCCAUAGGUGUCCAAUAUGAAGCUUAUUCUCGACUGGCAGUAUCUUAAUUCAUGCCUGGCUGUAUACGUCACGCUGCAAUUUGCGGAGUUUGUCAUUGUCUAGAUUUUAAUUCCAUUUUCGUCUAUUUGCUGCCUCACAUAUAAAAAGACUAUCAAGUCGUAAGCUAUUGCUGUCUGAAAUGACUGACUUCUUGUCAGUUUUUGAUAA